CAGACAUCACCUCGGUAUCGGCAGUCCCUGUGAAGCUGUCUCUGGAUGCUCUGCUGCAAAUGUCCAGUGUGCAGGUGGAAGACACCAUGAAAAGACUGGGCUCUAGCAGUGAGGAGUGUUCCCGCAUCACCGCUGCCCUCUCCUGUCUCAAGAGCGCUACUGACACAGGUGCAGUACUUAAGAAAGAGGGCAUCCCGUGGAUAGCAGAACCCGCUCACCGUGACAGUACCUCUGUUGACCCGCUGUCUUGUUCUAUGCGUGCACAUCAGUCUUACAGUCCCAGCCCAACCAGCUGGCCCCCUUCUUCUGCUUUGCCUGCCCCUCGUUCCUGUGUCUCUGUUUCUGCUCUACCCUCAACAGACUUCCCUACAAUCGUCCACCCUCAGUGUGAUGGGCUGACGGACCCUUUUUCAUCCUCCCCGCAGCUGAACCGCUGCACCCCCAGGCUGCUGUCCGCCCCUCCAGUCACACCGCCACCGAGAAGGUAUGGCAAACUAAAGCCCCCACGAACUCCACCACCUCCAUCCCAUAAGCUGCUAAAUCUCCUGCCCAACAUCACCCUCACACGCAGCAAGAGCCAGAGCCAACUGGCCAACCGGAUCGAUGACCCUACACCCAAGAAGAGCGGGAAGAAAAACAAGCCGCUUCUGAAUGUGCAGGUAAAUGGUGGCGGAAACGGCUGGGAAGACUCGCCCUCACGGUCACCAAUGUUGUCUGUCCGUUCCCCCUGCAUCCUACCAAACACCCCCAGUCACCUGGGAGAUCCCACGGGUGUAAGAAAUAAUGUUGCAUCCCACGGAAGCUCUCCGCUAAUCAUGAGGAAGGAUAUUGGUCUGGAUGUCACACACAGGUUUUCCACCAAGUCCUGGUUGUCUCAGACGUGUCAGGUGUGCAAGAAGAACAUGAUGUUUGGUGUUAAAUGCAAACAUUGCAAGGUGAAGUGCCACAAUAAAUGUACCAAAGAGGCCCCUAAGUGCAGGAUUUCAUUUGCUCAGUUUCCAAACAAGAUCAGAAGAACAGAGUCAGUACCGUCAGAUAUCAAUAACCAGGUUGAUCGACCGGCAGAGUCUCAGCAGUACGGAACAUUACCGAAAGCAAUAAACAAAAAGGACCACCCUCCAUCACUGAGUCACCUGGACUCCAGCAGUAACCCUUCCUCCACCACCUCCUCCACCCCCUCCUCCCCUGCCCCCUUCGGUCAGAGCAACCCCCCAAACGCCACCCCACCACCCAACCCCUCCCCUAAGGGUCACGUUGACAGUCGAUUUCACUUCCCAGCUGCCUACUACUUUCAGCAUAGACAACAGUUUGUCUUCCCUGACGUAUCCAGUUCCUCGCAUUCAGAUGGAGGUUGCAACACCGGAGAAACAGAUCAGUUGGGUGGUAAUGUCAACCAGUUGUCAACAGGCCAAAGGGAAGCUGUGGAUGAGGAGCAGCAAGGGAACGACGGUCAGGAUCAGGAAGGUUCGGACGAUGAAAGUGAAGGCGAUGAAGUGGAUGACCUGCCCAACUGCAGGGGCUACUGGAAGGACCACAUAAGCCGUAAGGCCAGCCAGACCAGCGUUUACCUGCAGGAGUGGGAUGUGCCUUUCGAGCAGCUGGAGCUCGGAGAGCUGAUCGGUAAAGGCCGCUGGGGGAAGGUGUGCAGGGGCCGCUGGCAUGGAGAGGUGGCCGUUCGCUUGUUAGAGAUUGAUGGUAACAACCAGGAGCACCUAAAGCUGUUCAAGAAGGAGGUGAUGAACUACCGGCAAACGCGACACGAGAACGUCGUGCUGUUUAUGGGGGCCUGCAUGAACCCGCCUCAUCUGGCCAUUAUCACCAGCUUUUGUAAAGGACGGACGCUCUACUCGGUUGUCAGGGAUUCUAAACUUGACAUCAACAAGAUAAGACAAAUCGCUCAGGAAAUUGUGAAGGGAAUGGGUUACCUCCAUGCAAAGGGAAUUGUGCACAAAGAUUUAAAAUCUAAGAAUGUUUUUUACGAUUCAAACAAAGUGGUCAUCACCGAUUUCGGUCUGUUUGGGAUGUCUGGAGUGGUCCAGGAGGACAGGCGGGAAAAUGAACUGAAGCUUCCACGAGGGUGGAUCUAUUACCUGGCUCCAGAGGUCGUGCAAAAGAUGGGACCAGGAAACCAAGACUGUUUGCCCUUUUCAAAAGCUGCUGAUGUUUAUGCAUUUGGCACUAUCUGGUAUGAACUCCAGGCUAAAGAAUGGCCUAUCGUUAACCAACCGACUGAAGUUUUGAUCUAUCAGCUGGGAAAUGGAGAAGGCAUCAGAACGUUACUGACCCAGAAGGGUACAAGCUUGGGCAAGGAGGUUACGGAGAUCUUGUCAGCCUGCUGGUCCUAUAAGGUUGAGGACAGACCCACAUUCACUCAGCUGUCAGACUUACUAGAGAAGUUGCCGAAGCUCAAUCGCAGACUCUCACACCCCGGGCACUUCUGGAAGUCUGAGGAGUAUGUAUCCUAGUCUGGAAAGCUAGCAUGCUGUGGAUCCCCCUUUUUUGGGGGUGUAGUUUAGGGAGCAUGAAAACUAACUGAUCGUUUGGAGCCGACCUGUGUAUUGUUUUUUGUCUCUAUUCUGAGCCUACUUAAUUUUACACCAUUGGAUUUUUAGUGUAACGAGAGUCAGAAGGAUGCUGUGCAUGGAUUCAACCAUUAUAUAUUUGGUCAAACCUACGGAGCCCCGCACAUGGCAUGCAGGAAAAAAAUUGUAGGCUAAAUCGUGUGCAUGAUUUACU